CUGUCUGUCUGUCUGUCUGUGUGUCUGUGUCUAGCUCCGCCUUGUGGUAGUGAUGGUCCAGGGAGUGGUCCAUCUCAGUGUUGACUUCAUCAACUCCUUCCCUCUGUUCGCCAUGGGCCUCCGACUCUUCAGAUCCUACAGACUGGCAGAGGGGGUGAAGUUCAGAGUGCUCUGUGAGGAACCAGGAACACCUCUACACCUCAUGAUGGAUAUUAACCCUCUGAAGGUGAGCAGUGUGGUUCAGACCUACAGGACCCCCACCUACAGCUGCUACCCUAAAGACUCCUGGCUGGCCCUCUGCAAGAAGCUGUUCCUGGGAGAACUCAUCUACCCCUGGAGACACAAGACUACCAAGAUAGACUAGGACCAGGGGGGAGAGACAAAGGGGA